GCUGCCGUAUGCGGAAGUGCACAUCCCACGGCACAGCAGGAUCUGUCACUCACCAGUGGUGUGACGUUUUGCUGGUCUGAGAUGACAGAUGCAUCAGGGCGUAGUUUUGAGGCGGAGCCUCUGAAGGGAGGAGAGAUAGAUGGGGUCGUGUCUAAGGAGAAAGGCUGCGCAGGUAAGCUGGGCUUAACGCACCUGUUGGGAUGGCGCACGGCCGCUUUUCUUUUCUCUCUUUUCCUGUGUCUGGCCGUCGUCUUCGCUUUCUCGUUCAUCCUCCCGUGCCCCGUACGGCCACAGUACCUGUCCAACUGGAACACUACAAUACCGGCUGCAGUCACGUAUGAUUUCUUGGCUUUUGAGGAUGCCAAUGAAGACAAAGUCCUGGAUGUCUUCUUCAUGUAUAAAGGUUUUGAAGCCAGCCGCAACACAUGCAUGAGUGCAGAUUUAUCCCCCCCAUGUCUGGUGUUGACGGCUGUGGAUGGGACUAAAGGGCAGACACUAUGGGAACUGCCUUUAGUUCCUGAAUUUGAUUGGGUGGAGUGUGGAGUAAAGGGCAUUGGCCAGAAGGGACCGGGAUGUCUCGUGGCUCAUGCAGACAAUCUCACAGCGGUUGAUAAAAAAAAUGGUUUGAUCAUGUGGCAGCAGCCACGGGAUACUGUGAUGAAUGCAAAUCUUCCUCUGAUCAGUGUUCGGGAUCUCAACGCUGAUGGAGCCGAAGACUUUGCUGUCCUCUCAUAUGAUCCUGAAGCAACUAUACUCACUCCUGUACCGACUGAGCUGGUGUUUUUCUCGGGUAAAUCAGGUGAUCCGAUUGGCUCGAGGGUGGAUGUCGAUGUGAAUGGUGUAUUUGCUCACCUGCAGUUUCACACGUCCACUGGAGCUCCAUACCUGCUCUUACUCACAGAUUCUGGGCUUUAUGCCGUCAGCAUGCAGCGUUUGGUUGUACGGGUUACAGCCGGUUCGAAAUCAGUGCUGAAGAAAGACGACAACUGGGAGAAGAAAGCCGACAGGAACACUGGAUUCAUUCCUCUUUACCACUCUGAUUCUCUGAAGCGUGUGAUGGUCGUUCGUGGGGGUUCUGCUCCAUCGCUUCUCAUCCAGACGGGAUCCAGCGUGUCACUGCUACACACAGAAAAACUGGAGAUCUUGUGGAGCACCAACACUAGCAAUCUGCUCAGCGUGCCAACAUUUGGACAUUUCAACAAAGAUGAAAUUCUGGACAUAAUGGUAGAAGAUGAUCUCGGCAAUGAAACCAAAAGAGUGAUGGUUCUUGAUGGUAAGACUGGUGAGGUCCUGUGGCAGAUCAGUCUGUUGUCCUGGACACCGAGUCCUCGACCAGCGUCUGUGUUAACGCUUAACAGCAUCUCUGUGUUUAUGCUCUGGGGACAAAGUGACAACAACCAGACCAUGUAUUCAUCUUUUCUGCUUCAUCCGCGCUUUCCCCAAAUUCUGCUUGAAAGAAGAAAUCCUGUCCAGAACAUUAUCUCCUUUAAAGCGACGCUGUUGGAGCGAGGUCGCCACGCCUCUUACUUCAUCCUGACUGGACCGGAUGGACGGCAGCACACAGAACCAACUGGGAUGGAGCCUGUGAUUCUUACCAAACGGAAGAUAAAGGACGAUGUACCAAAGAGUGAAGCUCUGAGUGUGAUAGCUGAUGAACAUAUCUCAGACACGGAGGACUCGGUGAAGGAGGCAUUUUACCGGCUCCGCUUCAGUGAUGAUCUCUAUUGAAACAUAAAGACAAAUGUUUUCUUUAUAUUUAAACACUAACACCCCCUAUGUAGAACGUGCACUUUUAAAUCCAAAUGCCAAAACGGAGAUUAAGUUUUGACAGUUUCAUUUAGAGUGUCUGGAUAAGUUGAUUUGAUAAAACCAUUUAGGGUUUUAGUCUUAGUUAAAUUAUGCUGUUUUAUGUUACGACAAUCAUAUACUGCUGUCAAGUAUUUCAGGCUUCUAGAUAAAUUCAGUUGUUAUCAGGUGGUAAUAUAUAUUCACAAUGAGCAGGGAUUAGGGAACAUCACAUAUGAGUUUCACAAAACUAUGUCUGACUCACCCCAAAACUCUUUCUUUAAACUUUCUUUGAUUAUAGGGUAAAGUGACACAUUGUUCAUGACGGUUUUCGUAAGCUUUAUGUUUUUGAAGUGUUGUUUAUUUGUUAGUGUGUCAGUAAUUUUAUUCUUGAACCUUUGUCGGUUUGUAGUGUAGUGAAGCCCUUAAAGGGAUAGUUCACCCAAAAAUGAAAAAUCUGUCAUCAUUUACUUUGAUUUACCCUCAGAUUGUUCCAAACCUGUAUUUGGAAGAAAGUGAGUAACCAAACAGAUCUCAUCCCCAAUUGACUCCCAUAGCAUUUAUUUGCACUGCUAGAUUUUCCCUUACUGACACUAUUCCAAAUAAUUUCCUUUGCGUACAGCAGAACAAAGAAAAUUAUACAGUUUUGUAACAACCUGGUGGUGCUUAAAUGGCAGAGUUUUCAUUUUCGGGUUAACAUUCCCUUUUAAAGUGAGUGGUUAACUUGAAUAGAGCAGAACAAAAUGUCCAUUAUCUGCUUGCCUUUCACAUACACACAAACCCGAUCACAGAACAAGGCCUGGUUUAGUCGUGUGCUUCUGAAAGUUUGAGACUGGGUGUUAGUUUGUAAGUGUCUUUCUGUACUGCUGCAAUUGUUUAUUUUAGUUCCUUCAAAAAUCUUGGACAUGUUCUGUACUGUUAUCACAUUGCUGUACAUUUAGUGCCUUCAAUCAGAGGACCUGAAAAUCACUGAAGAUGCUGUUACCAGUAAUAAUGUGCUACAGUAUAUCUCUUUAUUUAUCCGUCUGCUGUUUUAUAUACUAAAUAAAUGCUGUGAGGUUAGUUUUAAAAUGGGGAGCUGAUGUUGUUGAAGCAAUGAUCAGAACGUUGCAGUUUAUAUAGCAUCAUUAGAGCUCGUCUCAUGGUGUCUGAGCAGCGGUGUUGUGGAAUUUAAGAUCUGUUACGUCCACAGAAGAGUUUUUGAGGAUUACUAUAAGCUAUCAGCUACACCAAAACCACAUGCCUUUGACUAGAAAAAAAGCCAAAAUUAAAAAAUAACACUGUGGUCUAUGUGCAAAUGUAGACAUUUAUGUUGAAAAUAAAUAAUGUUACUUUCUGCAUUGUAUAUAUGAAUGGAGUGAGACAAUUUUUUUAUAUUAAUUGACUUAGUAUUUUAUUUUAAAUAAAUAAAUAAUGUUUUGUUUGAAUGUUUUGAAAUAAAUGCAACGUGUUCAGUA